GUGUUUUGAGAAUUAGUGGAGGCGGAGUGAGAGUGGGAGGAAUUGAGGCUGCGUAGCUUCGAAAAACGCGGACAACAUCCGGGCAUUUGGGGCCAGCAAGCUAACCUACGCCUUACAACCCUGCCUUUCAGCAACCGCAGCCAUGCUGAAGUGCGGGAUGAAUGGCAGUCAGGUGAAAGUGUUUGGGAAAGCAAUCCAGGCUUUAUCCCGAGUGAGUGAUGAGCUGUGGCUAGACCCCUCUGAAAAAGGUCUUGCUCUAAGAUCAAUGAAUUCUUCUCGAUCGGCAUAUGGAUGUGUCCUAUUCUCUCCUGUAUUUUUUCAACAUUAUCAAUGGUCAACCUCAAUGAAAAUGAAUGAUAAUGACAGAGCAUUGAAUUUAAAUUGCAAAUUGGGAAUGAAGUCAAUUCUACCCAUCUUUAGAUGUCUGACUUCUCUCGAAAGAAAUGUAGAAAAGUGCAAAAUAUUCACCAGCUCUGAUGAAUGCAAAAUAGUUAUUCAGUUCUUCUGCAGGCAUGGUAUUAAAAGAACUCAUAAUGUGUGUUUUCAAGAAAGCCAGCCUUUGCAAGUUAUUUUUGAGAAGAAUAUGUGUACUAAUACACUGAUGAUUCAGCCAAGACUGCUUGCUGAGGCGAUUGUUCUUUUUACAUCAAGUCAAGAGGAGGUCACCCUUGCUGUUACUCCACUGAAUUUUUGCCUCAAGAGUUCUAGUGAGGAUUCCAUGGAUUUGACAAAUUCUGUGUACAGUGAGAUGUCUUUUGGCCCAGAUGAGUUUGACUUCUUUCAGAUUGGGUUGGAUACAGAAAUAACAUUUUGCUUCAAAGAAUUGAAGGGAAUGCUGACGUUUUCAGAAGCUAUCCAUGUUCCUAUAUCCAUUCAUUUUGAUUUUCCUGGAAAACCAAUGGCUUUGAGUAUUGAUGACAUGCUACUGGAAGCUAACUUUAUUUUGGCUACCUUGGCUGAUGACCCAAGUCGGGCAUCUUCGCCACAAUCACUGUGUCUCUCGCAGACACAAAAAAGGUCAGAUAUGAUACGGUCAAAUUCGAAGGCUGAUAAAAGUGGAACCAGCCAGACUCCAGAGUAUAUCUCAAGAAAAUCAGCACCCAAGAGGCUUUAUCCUAGGGAAGCUGCCACCAAAAACUCUGCAGGGGAAAACUGUGGCAGCCCUCAAAGGAAGAAAGCAAGUGGAGACAACAUCUUUGAAGUACCUGAAAGCAUUGUGAGCGACACAGAGGAAGGGCCAGGCUCUCCAUAUCUCAGGAAGUUUUCUUGCAUGUUCUUUGGAGCCGUUUCUUCUGACCAGCAAGAACACUUCAACCGCCCUUUGGACAGUCUGGCAAUAGCAAGUGACAGUGACGAGGAUGUGAUUAAUGGCACUGUUCCCACAUCUAAAGCUCAGUGAUAGCUUGGCCUUAAGCCCCAGUCUUCAUGCCUAGUGUACAACAGAUAUGGAAGUGCAUCAAGACGUCUUGAAACAGUUUUGUGACUAGUAGUCCAGUAUUUUGUAUUUGUGAACAUUUUGGAGUUUGGGACUCUCAGAAACUGCAAAAGGUUAUGCAGGUUUUUCAAGUAACAUCACUUUUGUCCAUUGGGAAAAAAAUUCUGAUUUUUGAAGUAGUCCUUAGAAAAAAAUAAUCAUUCCCUCACUUUGGAGUCUUUUUGUAUUUUGUAAGAUUUGAUUUCAUAGCCUUCAAUUAGAACAGAUUUUCAGGGAUGAUUUUUUAUUUGCAAUGUGAUACAGGAAAAGAAUUUAAUGGAAAUGAUAUCAAACUUUUUUUAUUAUUGUUGUUGUGGUGGUGGUGCUGUUGAGUAUUGAACCCAGGGCCUGGUGCAUGCAAGGCAAGCACUCUAUUAACUGGCUACACCCCCAGCCCUUGAUGUCAAACAUUUCUGUAUUAUCUAAAAUAGUGUAGCAACCUCCACACAAGAGAGCCUGGGUUUGGAAUGGAAUGUGGGAUACAAAUGUCUGUUCUUUGUCCCUUUAAGAAUUAGCUUCUUACCUGCAUAAACAAAACUAAAAAUUUGGAACAAAAACACUGUUAUGUAAUACCUUAUGGUGAGAGCCUCUCCCUCCCCCAGACUUGUUUGCAGUUCUAUAACCCCAGGAACCAGCCUUCUGUAACAUCUUAUUGCUAAGUCUUUGGGAAACCAUCAAACAAUAAGGAAGUGUUAACUGGCAAGCAAUUGUUCUUCAGAUUUUGUGAGGAAUUUGAAAAGGUGGCUGAGUGGAUUAGUAUGCUUCAGAACUGUGAACAGAGUUCUAAAUGAAACCAGAAUGAAUUUGGCUCUUGUAACUUAGUAAUGAGUCAUAGCUACCCACAAUAACCUAAUAAAAAUUCAAGUUCA